AUGGCCGCAAUCGCGUCCGAGUACCUGGCAGACGUGCUGGAGCCCGAAAAGUUCGCUGCAGCAAUCUUUGGUGUCACCCUCGCCUUCACCGUCCUCUCCACAAAUACCGUGGGCCUGCGGGCCUGGAUCCGAUUUCGAAAGGGACAAUUCAGCAGUGAUGACUAUCUGAUGUGUACGGCGCUGGCCGUCAACUUGAUACACAACAGCAUGUACCUCUUCCUCUGGCAGGUGUUCUAUGCUAUCAACCUGGUCUUCAUCAAGACCAGCAUCCUCACUACCUUGAAGGCAAUCUCCAAGGGGCUGCGAUACACGUACGCCAUCUGGGGUCUCAUCGUGCUCGUCAGCUUGUUGAGCAUCGCAGGCGUCAUUACGCUGCUGGCCAAGUGCCGCCCCAUCCAGUCAAACUGGCUAGGCAAUGGCUCCUGCAUCGACUCGGACGUCUUCGUUGCCCUGUCCAAGACCGCCUACGCCUUCGACGUCUUGUCAGACUUAGCCAUGGCUACCAUAUCGACGCUGCUUUUAUGGACCCCCCAGAUGCGUUUCAGGUCAAAGGUAUUGACAUUGGCGGCGCUGGGCCUGGGUGUAGUAGCCUCCAUGGCGUCCUUGAUUCGCACAGUGUAUGCCGAUGCCUACAGCUCCGACGAUAACUACCUGUUCAACACGGGGAAAAUCGUCCUCUGGACUGUCGUUGAAUGCGGAAUAGGCAUUAUCGCUGGUUCACUGCCAAUGUUGGGGCUCUUCCGCGAAUCGCGCAGAAUUGAGAAGAAGUGGGAGGAAUUGGAAUUGCAGAGCCAGGUCGAUUUAACGAAGGUGGCACCGACUCAUUCGAAGGCUGGUAGGGUGUGA